GUUUUAUGGUCGUCGGCCGUCGCCUUUGCCAGAGAGUAGUUACCCCUUCGUCUUGGAAAUGUAGCGAUGGAAAUCCUGGCCUUGUCUACUUCCGAGGCCCACUGCUCCACGAACUCGUCGAUUCUUCUUCUUGCAUUCGAUUCUUCAAGUAUGCGCAUUCGAAAGGAGCUCGUGCUGUUGCGCCAUCGCCUAAUAUGUGCUCGUUAUAAACAUCUUCCGUGUCGACGAAAAUGCCAGUU